AUGGUGGUCCUUCUCACCGCAAAGCUCGGAGAUGCCGACACCGGACGCGACGGCGUGUUCUAUGCCGGUGAGAAAUUCGUAUGCCACCUCACGUUCUCCAACAAAGCGACGGUGAACACCCCUGCAAGACUAGCCGCAGCUUCACAAAGCCCGCUAGGCUCACUAGCUGCCAGAAAUGCGGCAAAGAGGACCCCAGGCCACUCUAGGAACAGCUCUACGGGCCAGAACUUGCGCGUCGCGGCGUUGAAGGCCACGACGAUGACAAAGUCGACGAGUGAUCUUGACUUGCAGGCGAGCUUUGGAGAGAGUGUGGAGGAUAAUGAGCUGGGGUCGAAUCCGGUACAACAGCCUGUUAAGACGUCUGAGGGAGCAGCGGGCGCGCCAGAGGCUGGAUCUGCAGAGGGGCAGGCUACCCAGUCGUCCGGGUUAACGGGCUUGCUCCGGCGAUCCCUCUCACUGACGUCGAUACGAAGCGCUGUGGGAACCACACUCAGCAUACUGGGAACCCCAUCAGAUACUCGAAACUCGGCGUUCAUGCACAGCAUGAGAGACAUUUCCGAGCACAAUCACGCGCAAGAUUCAACACAAUCAUCAGCAGCGUCGACUCCUCAGGGACACCUAUCACAAUCCCCCACCCGCUCCCCGCCACUAAGACCAUUCCUGAACCGAAACGAUCUUGGCCCGCCAACGACGCAGCGGGUCUCCCUCCAUAUGAUUGGCAACGAUGUUCUUAAACCACUCCCUGCAUCUCUCUUGGAUCAACAAAGCGAUUCCGGCACCCUGGUGCAGUCUGAUUCUUUCGGGGAUAUGCCGUCCGCUUACUCUCCGUUACCGCUUCCCCGCGGGUUACCCGAACCAACGCCUAUGCGAGGCUCCGCGCCUUCACCGCAUGGAGCGAAGUACGAAAAGUUUGCAUGGGCGUAUGCACAGUUGACGGGCGAGUUUUGGGUGGAUGCAGCCACCGUAAAGAUCACAGAGUUUGAAUCGCUGAAGUCGAAGGCGAUGUAUCGGCCAGCUGGCGCGGCAGGCGGCGGAGGCACAAUGGGGGUGGCUGGCACCACCUCUACGGGCAAGACGGAUCGCUCUGCUUCAGACUCACAAGCACAAACGUUUCCGGUCUUGAGCACACCACCGUCCAUCAUGUUCACGGACCUCGUCCUGGAUCCGGGCGAAAGCAAAACAUACAAGUUCGAGUUCAACCUGCCGCAAUCAUUACCGCCAUCACAUAGAGGGAAGUUCCUCCGGAUAUCGUAUAAGCUCAUCGUGGGCGUCCAGCGGGGCGGGAUAACCCACAAGUCGCAAGUCAUAUCUCUCCCCUUUCGCAUGUUCAACUUUGUCAGAGGCGACGGCUCUCGCCCACUGUACGGCCUCACAAGCCCCGCAGCAUAUACCCGUGACGAAGCCAGCAUCGUAGUGGAAAACGAACACUCAGAUCUGGACAGGCAGGCAAACAGCAACCAGGCGUCCUUGCUGGACAAAGACGACAUUAAUGACUGUUUGUCGCGGACGAUUUCUGUUUGUAUGAUGUCGCGGAAGGUUUCGUACGAUAUAUGCAAAAACACGGACAACGUCGCGAAGUUGACCCUCAACCGGAAUGUAUACCGGCUGGGCGAGACGUUAAUGGGGAUACUCAACUUUAGCAAUAGCACCAUUCCGUGCUUUCGGGUAUCAGCAUUCCUAGAAAGCAAAGAAUACGUCGACGAGGCAUAUGGCGUUCGGCCUGUCGGCGAGAGCGCAACGCUGUCACGGCGCGUAUAUGCCGAGCAGCAUAAGUUCACGCUGAAUCACAAACGCAUCGGUAUCGACCUAUUCGUGCCGAAUACCUCUACGGGGGAUUUUGAGACUUCUGCAGUUGCUCUACGAUGGUCCCUCCGCCUAGAGUUCAUAACAGGCACCGAAAAGCAACUCCAUCUCCAAUCCUCCAGCAACUCGACCUUCAUCCACACGCACGCGAUCCCGACCGCCAAAGUAGAGGCGUUUGAUUGUAUUAUCCCAUUACGGGUAUACGGCAUGAAGAGCGCGGCCGUUGCCCAGCCGCUGCUCUUUGAAAUAAUAUAA